ACGAUCACACUCGUUUGUGUAUUGCGAAGACGGGCGGACGUACGUCGGCGUCGAAUGCGGAAAAAGCGCUAAAGCGAACUAGCGAAAAAGUGCGAAUACCAAAAUCAAAAGAGAGCCAAACAACUUGUUUUAUUUUUUUUCACCACGAGCGUCGUCGCGACAACAACAAAAAGGAAUUUAAUAAACCAAAAACAAACGAGAAAUAGAGAGAGAGAAAGCAGCAACUAAAUAUAACAACAAAUGCAUUAAAUAGUUUUGUUUUUUUUUUGCCACACUGCCAAAAUGCAGUUAGCGUUUGUUUGUCUCCUGAAAUAAACCCAAACCCCAAAAUCGUGAAUAUCGUGAAGCCUGGAAAAGGAUAACGCAAGAUUACACAGAGCGCGAGCGAGACAGCAUUCUAGAGCAAAAGAGCGAGAGAGUGUGUCGAGGAGCGAUGGCCAGCGAGGAUGUGCAGAUCACUAGCGUCAUCGAUGCCAAUGGCCAGAGUCUACCGCUCCACGGCAACAGUUUGGGCGGUCCCGUGGGCCCGCCCGUCAAACAGGAGCGUCCCGAUGACGCCGAGAUCCGCGAACUGGCGGCCAAAAUGAAGGAGCAGCAAAAGCAACAGGCCGCCCAGCAGGCAUCCCGUCAAGCGGCCAUGCAGCACUCGAAUGGGGGCGCCAAUGCGGCUGCCUCGGCCGGUGGCAACAUGCAGCCACCGAUCACAAAUGGCAAUGGCCAGACCAAUAUCAUGAGCUACCUAUCUCGUCAUCAGAAACUACCCAACGGCACCAUGCAGGUGGUGCCCGCCUUGGCCUCCAAUGGCCGUUCGAAUGGAGCCGUCAGCGAUUCCGGCUCGGACAAGAAAUCCUCGACGGGACCCUGCGACGAGGAGUCCAUACAAGGCCACUUCGGCUGGGCCCAAUUCGGCAAGGUAUCCAUACCGUACAUCUAUCGGCAAUCGGAGAAGUACUGCUCCGUGCGCAUGAUCGAGCUGAAGCUGCUGGGCAAAUACCUCAACUGCCUGCAUCCGGAUAUCUACUCCAGCUGCACCUGCGUGCGCAGCUACUACAUCACCGAUGCGGAGGCGCGUCUCUUCAUCGAGAUCAAUCAUAAGCACUGCGACGGCGAGUUCGGUCGCGACAUCUUCAACCAAAAGGAUCUGGUUGUGCGUCUCAGUGACGCAUCCAAGUUCUAUCAGUUCCUGGACAUUUGCUACAGGAAACUGGUCUCCGGCAGCAAGACGCCGUCGGAGAAGUGCGGCUUCAUUCGCAUCAACAAGGAGUCGGUGGUGCCCUACACUGUGCGCAACAAUCAGCAGGUUGUGCCGCUCUUCUAUUUUGAAGGCGAGACCGAGAAUCUGAAGACCAAGGCCGAACUGCUCAAUGGCUGGGACCUGGCCUAUCUAAAGUUCUGCUGCAAGGUGCAGGGUAUACGCAACGAGCUCUUCUCCAGCGAGAAUGUUGCGGUCAUUUCGCUGACCGACAUCAAGAGCUACUUCCCAAAUGGCACCGAAUUCGAGGACUACUGGCCCAGCAAGGUGGUCGACUCGAAUCUGCUGAUUGGCAAUCGCGCCAAUGUCAAUAACUCGGUCAACUGGACACGCCAGCCCUCGGCGCCGCCGCCAAAAGUGACCACCUCCGGUUCCGGAUCGUCUGGCUCGUCCUCCUCCAGCGGCGGCAAUCUGGGCCAGAACUCAUCAUCCGCCUCAUCGUCGGCGAACUCCGCCGGUGGCCAACAGGUGUCCUCGAAAUCGCAGCAACAGCACGCUGCCUCUGCCGCCGCAGCAGCGGCGACGGCGCAUCAACAGCACCUGAUGAAGCAACGCGCCGCCGCAGCAGCAGCUGUCGCCGGCGCCAAUGGUGUGGCGAAUGCGGCCAACAGUUUUGGGGCAGCCGCGGUGGCGGCCUUCAAUUCCCAGGCGGCGGCAGCGGCAUCAAUGCUGCAGCAGUCGCAGGGCAACAACAGGAUGCUGUCGCAGGCCACCGUCCAGGCUUUGGCCAGCAGCGGAUGGAUGUCUGGACAGACGAACCUGCAGCUCCACGCCCAGAUGAUGGCGCAGCAAUCGCAUGCGAACGCAAAUCGCGUGGGAAGCUAUCGGGAGCACAUGAACAACCUGAUGAUGAGCGGCAGCAGCCGGCAGCCGUAUUCCUACAACAAUCCCGCGAUCUCCAUGUCCUCGGUGAACAACCAUAGUGGGGGUGGCGGGAAUGCCCCACCUCCGCUCGUCCGCUCGGCGGCGGGUCAAAAUGCCAACCACAUGUCAAAUGUCGAGCAGUCACUGGUGCAACAACAACAACAACAGCAACAGACACAACAACAACAACAACCGCAACAACAACGACACCAGAACAGCACAUUUAACAACAACAACAACCAUGCACCACAGCAACACUCUUCACCCAACAACCAGACCACUAGUAGCCACCAUCAUCAUCAUCAACAACAACAACCACAGCAUGCCUUAGCCAAAAGUCUCAGCAGCGGCAACAGCAACAACAGCAGCAGCAGCAACAACAACAACCUGAGGAGCAGCAGCAACAGCAUGAACGGCAGCAACAGCAGCAACAACUCCAGUUCGGCGGCCGCGGUGGCCGCUGCUGCCGCCGCCGGCUAUGUGCAAGCUCUUUUGGGGGGCGGUGGCGGCGGCGGUGCGGGGGGCGUGGCUGGUGGCGCUGGCGCCGGCAGCAAUGCCUUCAACUACAACCUGCCCUCGACCCGAGCGGACUACACGAAUCUAGCGCUGUGGAACCAACUAACGCCCGCCCAACGACUGCUCUUCAGCCAGCAGCUGAAGGGUGCCAGUCCCACUGGAUCUGCUGGUAAUAUUACCAGCGGCAGCGUAGCAAGUCAUGUCGCCGGCAAGCAGAACUUCCCCGCGCUGCCCUCCCUGCCGUUGGACACGGAUCUGAUUACCAUGCUGGACUACAACAAUCCCAACAAGGCAAACAAGAGUCAGAAAACGGGAGGUGUUACCUUCACCAAACCCAUUGUGCCACCACUGAUACCAGAUGGUUCGGGAGCUGAAAUAACGCUCACCAAGAGCAGAAGAGGCGGAGCAGCGGGAGCAGGAGGAGGUGGUGGCGGUGGUGUUGGCGGUGGUGUUGGUGGUGGUGAUGGCGGCGGAGGAGGAGUAGCCGUCGCAGGAAGUGGCACUACCAUACCGCUGAAUUCCACACAAGCACUCGAGGAUUUCGAGAAGAAGUUCACUGUGAUGACGGACGAAAUGCGGGCUGUUAUACAAAAGGUGUUGGCCAAUCCGGAUCUCUCGACAUUUAUACAAACGAACUCCAGCAGCAAUAAUGGUGCAAAUCAAAGUCACCUGGUGCCUUCGUAUAUAUCGCCACCGAUGUCGCCAUCCGUGGGCGGCUUAAACAUGGGCAUGGCCAUGGGCAAUGUGGCCACCCUGACCUUGGCCUCCAAUCCGAAUGUGACGAUAACCCCACAGUUGCCCGGACACUUUCUGCACUCGCCAUCGAGUUCGUGUUCCAGUUCGAGUGCCUCGAAUACGGCGCCAUCUCCGUUGAGCAGUGGCGGCGGCGGCGUCGGCGGUGGCGGGUUGUCGGGUGGGGCGGGUGGAGCAGGCGGGGCAUCCAGCGGGUCAAGUGGGCGGCAAAAGAGCGUGAUUUGUUCGACCAAAAGCAAUAAUCUACCAAUGGCCAUACUAUCGCUAGCUAGCAGUAAUUCAGGUGGGGUUAGUUCCAAUUCGGGAGUACGACGGAAUAACAACAGUAAUACCAAUAGUAGUAAUUAUGGACGUCAGACACACAGCCACAGCCAAAGUAGUAGUAACCACAGCAAUACACAAACAAGCACCCAACAACAAAGCACACCCACUGACGUAAUCGAUCUGUCCUCCUCCCGAAGGUCACUAGCUGCAUCGGCGGCCUAUUUGCAGCAACACUCGUCGGCGGUCGCCCAGCAACAGGUGGCGGCGGCAGCGGUGGCCCAGCAUCAACGUUUGGCCGCCGUCGCCGCGCAUCAUGCCCAGCAGAAUGGACGCAGUUCCUCGAACUCGGGUAAUUCCGGCAGUUCGUCGAACUCAACGGGCAACAACAACGGCACGAGCAACUCUGGUUCCUCGGGUAAUGGCUCAAACGGCAAUGGAAAUGCCUCCUCGAACAGCGCCUCCAUGCAUCUGCAGCGCCAUGCGGCACUUGCACAUGCGGCGGCGGCGGCCAAUGCGGCGGAUAGUGCCCAGCGGCUGUGCGUCAUACCCGAGAUACCCACCAACAACAUGAACCUGACGCCCUACAAGGUGAUGAAGGUGUGCGUGGACAAGCAUCUGGUGCCCUGCAUCAACAUGAAGGCCUACAAUGACUCCGAGCAGCUGAUGACGCUCAUCGAGUUCCAGAAGAACUUCUUCCCCUCGGUGCCGCUGGAUCACUGCAAGCGACUGAUCGAGGCCCUCGGCGUGGAGCUCUACAAGGCAAAUCGGCGACAAGUGCAGAUCCUGAUGGAGUACGAUCGCAACUACAACGAGAACAUGCCGCUGGUGCAGGUGCGCGACAUCAUCAAGUACAUGACGCAGCUGACCUUCAUGACGCGCCAGUCGGAGCAGCCGCCGGCCAAGAGGACGCGCACGAGCUAGGAAUUAAGCUGGGGAGCACAACAUUUGCCACCAACAACAAGCACAACAGCAGCCACCACAAUAGCCACAGCCACAAUAGCCACAGGCACACCAACAACACCACCAUUGAGCACAGCAGUCACCACAAGUGGCAGCAACACAACAGCCACAGUUCACACACGAACAACAGCAACGUCUGCGGGGAUAGCACCACCAACAUCGGUGGCCACAGCCACAUCGCUGCGUAGACGGGCCCUCACACCGCCAGCGAAUGUUAGUGGUGAUGAAGUGCUAGCCAGGCGCAGAGCACUAGCGCCACCGCCAGCACCGGCAGUUCCUGCCACACCACCAGGAGCAGGAACCAUUGGAUCACCUGCACUAUCAGCCACACCUGUACACACCACCAGCAACACAUACGAAAUGUUGUACUCCCACAACCCACACCCGCAACCGCACCCGCACCAUCCAGCAGCCCAGCACCACCAAGCAGCCCAGCACCACCAUCAGCAGCACGAGCAGCAGCGUUUGCUAAAGAAGCGGCAGCACGCCGAGCAGACGGCGCCCAAGAAUUCGCGCACUGCUGCAGCAGCUGCCCAGAAAAUGGCCGAAGCCGAGCACGCCUAUCUAUCCAAUUUGUACGGCAAGGCGGCGGCCAGCAUGCUAAGUCCUCCGUUGGGCAAUGUCCUGCCCGAGUGGGAGCAGCAGAGGCAGCGAAGGACACAGGCGGCAGCACCACUGCCCCACCAACAGCAGCCGCAGCAGCAGCAACCGGCGACGACGGCGGUGGCGGCGCCACCCCAACGACAUAUAAUGCAUCGCCGGCAUAGCGUGUGUGCCGCUGGAUUGGCCAGCCUGUCGCCCGCCUCCUCGACGCACUCGUCAUCGACGGCCUCGCCCACAACGGCGGCGGCAGCGGCCUUGGCCGCAGCUUCCUACUACGGCAGUGCGGCGGCAGCGGCGGCGGCGGCAUUUACGGCACCAUAUCAGCACCAUCAUCAUCAUCAUGCCGCAGCGGCUGCUGCGGCCGCACACCAUCAUGCAGCAGCAGCAGCUGCGGCAGCGGCGGCAGCAGCGGCAGCCCAUCAUACACAUGGCCAGCCAUCGCCAACCAUUUAUCCACCCACUCCGCCGCCAUCGGCGCCCUGGGUGCAUCCUUGGUAUGCCGGCGAUGCGGCCUUCUGAGCGAGAGAUCGUAGAUAGCAUAGAUCGUAGACAGAUGAAGAUCCCAAGGGGCGAGCAACUCAAGCCCCACAUUGUACAUUCGAGUUUCUAGUGUGUUAAGCUAUUUAUUAAACGACGAAAGGAAAAAAAAACAACACAACAAAACAAAACAAAAGAAAACCUAUUUAGAUCAAGAAAGCUCCAAACAUUUUUUUUGCACGCCUGUCUGGAGGAGAUUAGUUUGUAAGUAGGCUAACUAAAACAAUUUCUGGGCAUUAUAUGCCAACUAAACAAUAACCAAGGGAAACCUUAUCGAUGAUAUAUGGACUAGAGCUGCUGGGAUUUCGUUUGGUCAAACAACAACAGCAAAACAGCAAAACAACAAACAAACCAACAAACAUUUUCAAAUGAGAACUCAAAGAACUGAUUACAUUUAUUAUCAAAUCACACAGAGAGAACAAUUAGCUUUCGUUUCUUGAUUCGUUCGGAAUUCAUUUUCGUGGUUUAAAAGUCUUUUCUAGAAAUAUUUACAUACACUAACAGAUAUACAUGUUAUAUGCUAUACAUAUGUAAUAUAUAAGUAAAGAGCCAAUAAACUCGUCAUAUUGUAAGCAAGAAAUUAAAUUUCUUGCGUUUCAAAA